ACAUCCUACACAGUACUUAUGUGACCGAAAAACAAGUCACUUUUUUUUUAUACUACUCGCUAACAUUAAUAUCUAGCAAUUGAUCGAUCAUGGGUUUUAGAUUUAGUAAAAGUGCGGUUGUAACCAUGGUGGUUAUGAUGUUGGUGUUUUCGGUCAUUCAUGUGACUGGGACGAACGAAGGUUUAGGACUUCGGGCUGAAGAAGCCAAAGAUGCUGCUCAUCGGGCCACUGAUGCCACUGUUGAUUCCGCUAAAUCCACUAAAGACAAGAUAACUGAAAUUGUUUACGAUAUGGCGCAAAGGGCAAAAGACGGUGCAGAUCAUGUGAUGGAUGCAGCGUACGAGACCUCAAAGAACACUGCGGGAUAUGUUAAUGACUCUGCUAACAAGACUGCGGAAAGUGCAAAAGACGGAGCAGGAUAUGUGAAAGACAAAGCCAAAGACGGUGCAGGGUAUGUUAAAGAUGUGACUUAUGGAAAAACGCAACUAGGUGCGAAAGAGGGAGGUGAGGAUACAUUGGAGUGGGCUAAAGAGAAAGCGAAACAAGGGUUUGAAAAGGUGAAAAAUGUGAUGGGGAUUAAGUAUGAAGAGGAGGCUGAACCGCAGAAGCAGCAGGGUUCGUUUGAUGAGGAGCUCUAAAAAGGUGUAAAGCAUGUGCGGUUUUAUGUAUGUUGUAUUUUGUUUCUAUAUGAGUACUUUUUUUUUUGUUAAAACUUUGUUGUGUAUGAAACGAUCGGUAACGUCACAAUGUCAUUGUCUCAUGUGAUCAUGGGCCUUUUUUGAGA